GUCUGGAGUUCAUUGUAUUUUAUAUGGCUGUCACUAAGAACAAAUUUUCAUGCAGGACAGAGAUUAACAUUUUAGCUGAAAUGGCGGGAUACUGCAGUGACUUACUUCAAUUGUGCCGUCGUUUAAACAUGGAGGAUGUCUAUACAGAAAUAUCUGAGCAGUUAGGAAUGGAGAAUAACUCAAAAGUGUCAUUUCAACGAUUUAUGAACUGUCGGCUACAGCUAGGCCCAGCAAAUGAAGAUGACUCUGAUGCUUAUUGUGAUAAAUUUGAGGCAGAUUUAGACAGAGACUUGGAAGGUAUAGAGCCCCCUGUUAGGAGAAAGUUACAAUGGCCUCCAGUGAGAGCCAAUCAUGAAGCAGAAAAUACUCGAACAGAAUCGCCGCGGGUAUGGCAAGAACCAGUUAGAGCCAAUCAUGAGGCAGAAAAUUUUCGUACAGAAUCGCCCCGGGUCUGGCAAGAACCAGUUAGAGCCAAUCAUGAGGCAGAAAAUAAUCGAACAGAAUCACCCCGGGUCUGGCAAGCAGGCAGUGAUAACAGUUUAACACGUCCAGAGAGUCUUGACUAUGACAGUGGUGCACAGGACCUUACCCAUGAGCCAAACAGUCUUUAUAAGUUGAUGCAGCAUCACGAACCAGAAAUAUUCCAGAGAUUCGUCUCAUCCCCUGAAGAUGUUGGUACAACCAGUAUGCUGGAUAUGGCAAACUCGUUACACUUAGCUGCCCUGACUUCACUAAAGGGGGAAAUCAUAGACUUGAACAACCAACUGCAGUUAGUGACAGCUGAUAAGACACUCAUAGAGAAACAGUUGAAUAGAACACAGAGUGAGAAGUUGCGUAUCCAGCGCGAGUGUGAAGACAGGACAGAGGAACAGAGUUGUCGCUAUGAAGAACGUAUUAUAGAGUUGCACAGUGUCAUAGCAGAGUUACGCAAGAAAAUAGAACGUCAUCAUAUAUCUGUGAUAAGAGAGGAAGAUGAGUUUGAGGAAGGAUCUGAAGACAACAGGGGAAGUGCAGAUGAUGCUCUGAGUGCCAAUGAGAACAAUGCUAAUGACUCAAGACCAGGCAGCUCUCUAGGGGGUCUUGGGGGAAACGACUUGACGAGUGCGCUGUCACGGGUUGUAACAGAGCUAGAGAGUACAGUGGACCGAUCUGCUCACAUCACUAGGCAACAGGAUGUAGAUAGUGAUGAUGACAUACCUGACAAUGUAGGUGAUGCUGGCAGUAUAGAGGAACAGGCUAUGCAGGCUUGUAGAGAGAUGGAGGAGUUGAGGAUAUCUCCUGGGGUGACAUGUAGUGAACAAUGUACAUACAGACAACAGUUAGUGACCCUAGAAGCUGAGAACCUGGGCCUACAGGAGCAGAUAGGACGCCAAGAGGCUGAUCUCAAUAAGUUCAAGGCCCAAAUUGGAAGUGUACGAGAAGAGAGGGAUCGGUUAAAGAGAAAGGUUCGUGAAAUGCAGACCAGAAUCCAGUCACUAGAGGUCUCCACUAGUCCCUUCAGCAGUAGAACAUCCACACCUACCAAAUCUCAUGUCAUAAACCCAACUACAGGAGAGAGAAGUAGUAGCAGCUACAGUGAACAGUUACCAGUGGCCAAAAUAGCAGAAUUGAAGAAAUUGAAAACUGGCAAUAUUGACCGACAAGUAUUAGGAGCUGAAAUGUCAUCAACAGGGUUACCCAAUGCAAAGAUGGCAGAACAUUUAGCCCAAAACCUGCAGUCCAACGUCCAUGAAAUAGCUUCACAAAAUGGUAGUGAAAUGACUGAAAAUAAAGUGCAAGAAUUUGAAAUUGAAGUAGAAAGACUAAACAGUAGAAUAGACCAUUUAAAAUCACAAAAUGACUACUUAGGAAUUACACUGGAGGAGAGUAAAAGCCACAGUAAUAGACUAACUGAACUCAUAGGUAAAUAUGAGUCUAAUAAUACAGCCCUGCAGCUGGCUAUGAAUUAUUCCGACCAUGCAAUAGAGACUUAUGAGGUGCUUAUAGCGCUGCUGGAGAGUGAUAAAGGAUUGUUAUUGGCUAAUUGUAGGGCAGCAGGGAUUGGAAAUCUUCCAUGUGACAGCUCCCACAACUCUGAACCCACAGAUGUACAGUCCAUCUUGCAUAGGGCCCACAGCUUUAAGAAAAUGUCAGAAAAUGCAGCCAGACAGGUGCUACAGAAACUGGAUAGGAGUUGCGGUGUGCACAAUCCAGGCUUAGUGGCCCAGCCCUGGGAUGAUCUCUCAACCACAAGCAGGACUGCCAGCACGGCUAGUUCAACAGGAAGUAGCGCAGACAUGGAAAGUAGUUUUAGUAAAAUGGAUGAACAGCGGUUACGUGAUUAUGUCCAGCAAUUGAAAAAUGAUCGGUCUGCUGUUAAACUAACUGUCCUAGAAUUGGAGAGUGUCCAUCUCGACCCCUUGCAGAGUCCUGUAGGACCCACUAAUCAUGACACACAAAGAUUGGACCUGGAGAAUGCUGUACUCAUGCAGGAACUAAUGGCAAUGAAGGAAGAGAAGGCUGAAUACAAGGCCCAGAACUAUCUCCUGGACAAAGAGAAUCGGUCCCUACAGUUGAGGCUGAAUGGCAAGGAAUCCCAGGAGCAAGCUUACAUUGUACAGAUAGAGCAUCUUAAAUCUGAGGUUGAGGAACAGAGUGAUACUGGUUAUAAAAAGGAUGAUAUAGACUUUUCAACACCAUCAAUAACCUUGGCUGAGUUGCGAUCGCAGACCUCAUCAGAAAUCGCACUUGACUUACAAGAGUCAUUGAAAAGGGAGAAGAAACUUAAGUCAAGAGUACAUGAGUUGGUGUCAACUCUCGAGAAACUGUCCAAAAAUUCUGAAAUACGACACCAGCAAAGUGCAGAGUUUGUCAGUGACCUUAAACGUGCCAAUAGUGCACUGGUAACUGCCUUUGAGAAGGCAAAGAAGAAGUACCAGAGUCGGGUUAAGAAACUAGAGCAGCAAAUGAAACAUACAGCAGAUAAAUAUGAAACACAGAUGCGGUUGUUGAAACAGCGAAUCAUGGCUCUGGAAGGUGAUGGCUGUCGACCCCUGGCCAAUGAGACAUCAUUAUGACACUAGGAACCCUUGAAAUGCGGUUGGUGAUUCAUAAUUCUAUGACACUACUGUAGGUGCUCUGGAAGGGUUUUGUCCUCUCGUAAGACACUUGCUGUCAUGGGCUGUCAAGAUGCUUGGAGCCAUGCAAAGUCUGAACAUUGGUAAGGAUAUCACUCAAAUAGCCAAGAGGAAUGCUAUUAAACAAUUGACUAAAAUUACAGAAUUAGUGUGCAUUGAAUAG